AAAUUGAUAAAGGGGACUUCUGCGAGAUGGGUCAUGUUUUCCUGGAUUAGACUUAGAAGAUUGGAAAAGAAGCAAAAGAGUAAAACAAUCCUUUGGUGUUAUUUGGUUUCUUUCUCAUCCUUUCAUAAGGAUGAAUGGAUUCAUCCUUAAGUGUAACAGUUACUUGGAGCAUUCAGCAACACCUCUAAUAAGGGAGCUAUUCUCAAUAAAUUUAAAAUGAAUUCUGAAGAUGAAAAGAACAACUAUACUGCAGAUGGAAAUAGUCAUGAUGUAGCCAGCCAGGGUCAUGGAUCUGAAGACAAACACAAGAAAAACAAGAAGCAGAAGAAAGGGGAAAAACCUAAGGUGGUCAGCCCGUUUGCUCUGUUUCGAUACUCCACUUGCUCAGAUAAAUUGUUAUUGAUACUGGGCACCAUUCUGGCAGUAGCCCAUGGAAGCGCUCUCCCUAUUUCAAUGAUAAUUUUUGGUGAUAUGACUGACAGCUUUGUUGCUUCUGGAGACUUAAAUUCUACAGGAUCGAAUUCUUCUCAAAUGAAUUUCACUUCAGACAUGCUUGAGAAGCUGGAAGAAGAUAUGACAAGAUAUGCAUACUACUAUUGUGGAAUAGCAGCUGGUGUUCUUCUUGCUGCUUAUUUACAAACUGCAUUCUGGACACUAACAGCAGGUCGGCAAAUAAAAAAAAUUAGAGAAAAAUUUUUUCAUGCAAUUAUGAGACAGGAAAUUGGAUGGUUUGAUGUAAAUGAUGUGGGAGAACUUAACACUCGUCUUCUAGAUGAUGUCUCCAAGAUUAAUGAAGGAAUAGGCGACAAGGUUGGACUUCUCGUUCAACAACUAACGACUUUUGUAGCAGGAUUUAUUGUUGGUCUCAUAAGAGGAUGGAAAUUAACCCUUGUAAUACUAGCAGUUAGUCCUGUCCUGGGACUUUCAGCAGCCCUCUGGGCAAAGGUUCUCUCUGCUUUCACUGACAAAGAACAAGCGGCAUAUGCAAAAGCAGGUGCUGUUGCAGAGGAAGUUCUGGCAGCAAUCCGUACUGUAAUAGCUUUUGGAGGACAGGAAAAAGAAAUUAAAAGAUACCAUAAAAAUUUAGAAGAUGCUAAAAGGAUUGGAAUAAGAAAGGCUAUUAUAGCUAAUAUUUCUAUGGGUGCUGCUUAUUUACUGGUAUAUGCAUCAUAUGCACUGGCCUUUUGGUAUGGAACUACUUUGAUCUUAACUGAUGAUUACACUAUUGGCAAAGUUCUGACGGUCUUUUUCUCUGUAUUGAUGGGAGCUUUCAGUAUUGGACACACUGCUCCAAGCAUAGAGGCAUUUGCUAGUGCAAGAGGAGCUGCCUAUGUGAUCUUUAAUAUAAUAGACAAUGAACCUCAAAUUGACAGCUACUCAGAGGUGGGUUACAAACCGGACUACAUUAAAGGAAACUUGGAAUUCAAAAAUGUUUACUUCAAUUAUCCAUCCAGACCAGAUGUUGAGAUACUGAAGGGCUUGAAUCUCAAGAUUAGUUCUGGCCAGACAGUGGCCCUGGUUGGCAGCAGUGGCUGUGGGAAAAGUACAACUGUUCAGCUCAUCCAGAGAUUUUAUGAUCCCAAGGAAGGCACGGUUACCAUUGAUGGGCAGGAUAUUAAGACCUUGAAUGUAAGAUAUCUGCGGGAGAUUAUCGGUGUGGUGAAUCAGGAGCCCGUGCUCUUUGCUACCACUAUUGCAGAAAAUAUUCGUUAUGGCCGUGAGGACGUCACCAUGGAAGAGAUUGAAAAAGCUACCAAGGAAGCCAAUGCUUAUGACUUCAUCAUGAAGCUGCCCAAGAAGUUUGAAACCGUGGUUGGAGAAAGAGGGGCACAGCUGAGUGGAGGCCAGAAACAAAGAAUAGCAAUUGCCCGAGCUCUGGUUCGCAAUCCUAAAAUUCUUCUGCUUGAUGAGGCAACAUCGGCUUUGGAUACUGAGAGUGAAUCAGUUGUGCAGGCAGCACUGGACAAGGCAAGGGAAGGACGCACCACGGUUGUAGUGGCUCAUCGGCUGUCAACAGUCCGAAAUGCAGAUCAUAUAGCUGUGUUUGAAGGUGGAGUUGUCGCAGAGCAAGGAAAUCAUGUUAAACUGCUUGAGAGGAAGGGAAUCUACUACAAACUUGUUAACAUGCAGGCAAUAGAAGGUGAAGUUCCCUCGUCAGAAAAAGAUGAGAAUGCACUUAGUGUCCAAAACCGUGAAUCUGAACCAGAAUCUGAAGAAUCCCUAACAAGAGGAUUGAGAAGACGAUCAACUCGGAGAAGCAUGAAAAAGCCAGGAGAGCAAGAUGAUGGUCCUGAUGAGAAAAAAAGUUCACCUGAGGAAGAAUUACCUCCAGCUUCAUUUAUGAAAAUUAUGAAGUUGAACAAAACUGAAUGGCCAUACUUUGUAGCUGGAACCUUAUGUGCAGUUAUCAAUGGAGCUUUACAACCUGGAUUUGCGAUCAUAUUUUCUGAAAUUAUAGGGGUUUUUUCAGAAACGGACAAGGACGUUUUAAGACAACAGAGCAACUUAUAUUCACUGCUGUUUUUAGUACUUGGGAUACUUUACUUUUUUACUUUCUCUUUUCAGGUAUGUUUUAUUAUUUUUACUUUAUUAUAA